UUAAAAUAGUAACCUAUAGAAAAUUAAGUAUUUAACUUGAUUGUGAAAUAAUAAUUGAAAUAAUAAUAAAAAUAAAUCAAUAAAAAAAUCGAGUCUGUCGUAUCGUUAUGAAUAUUAAGACAUCCCGCCAAAUUUUUGGCGGUCUUUUUACCUCUCAAAUGUCUAUUCAGCGUGGUUAUAUCAUUUGUUAGCGCCCUUUUGUGUAGUGAGGUAGUGUUAAAAUAAUUUUAAUCAUGCCUAUAGCAAACGGUAAUAAAAUUUCUUUAAAAUACACUAAAGUAGUUGAAGAAGCUUAUCCACCAACUAAAGGGUCUAUAAAAGCCGCUGGCUAUGAUCUUAAAAGUGCUUACGACGUCGUUGUACCAGCCAGGGGCAAAGCCCUAGUAGACACUGGUUUAAAAAUCGAAUUACCUGAAGGUUGUUAUGGAAGAAUUGCUCCGAGAUCGGGGUUAGCUGUUAAGAAUUUCAUAGAUGUCGGGGCUGGAGUUGUAGAUGAAGAUUACCGAGGUGUUUUGAAAGUUGUUUUAUUUAAUCAUUCAGAUAAAGAGUUCGAAGUUAAGAGUGGCGAUCGUAUUGCUCAGUUGAUUUGCGAGAGGAUCUUCUACCCCGAGUUAAAGGAAGUUAAGGAAUUAACUGACACCGAACGUGGGGAAGGUGGUUUUGGUUCAACAGGAACACAGUAAAUUCAUAUAAUGUCGAUAUUUUUAAGUAUUUGUUUUAAUUAUGACUGGCUAGUGAUGUUAGCAAAUAAAUGUAGAAAUAAAUUUCCUUUUCCAAA